UCCGCCGAAGAACAAUGUUGGCUGAUGCGUAACUCGAAGUGUAAGAAGAUAAAUUAGUUACAUAUUUAUUAAAAGUGGUGUCGUCGAUAGUGAGACCUGUAUUAUCGUAGCAGUCGAGAUGCGAGCGACUCGUAUGCACCGCCGCACACCCAUAUCGCGCUUAAUUCCUGACAUUUACUGCUCAAGUUUUUAGAAACGACAGUCGAAAAGUCACGGAUUAACCGUAUAGUCAAGUGCGGGUGACGCGGGCGCCGCAGACGCAGUGUUGUGUGUGAAGUAAAUAUUCUUUAUCACGUUUUAUGUUACUUUUACUAACUCUUACUUUCACUGGCACGAACAUGUUGACGAGCACUGAAAACAAUUCUAGCGUCAAUGAGCUAGCCAAUUCGAAUACACUGCUCACCGGAACCUCCGGCGGAACAUGGAGAGAAAAAUCGAAAAUAAUUUUGAAACAAAUAAAAUACGUACUUCGAGAAACGACAGUAGAGCCCUGCCUUUUUAUGUACAUGAUGUGCACGUCUAUUUCAAGUCUGGCGGUACAAAGUAUGCACCUGGAAAAGGCUUGCAGAGUCAAUUUUAAUUACGGCGACGAUAUCUGUGACCGUUUGAGAUUAAGGAACACAACAGGACUCGACGAAGAAGUGAACAACGUUCAAUCAUUAGUCGCCAAAGUCGUCGCUUGGAAGUUUCCUCUUCAAACCAUAAUUCCCGCCAUCAUGGUGAUAUUCGUCGGAGCCUGGAGUGAUAAAUACAAAAAGAGAAAAAUAUGUAUUGUAUUCCCUUUCAUCGGCGAGAUACUUUCAAAUACAGGACUUCUGUUCGCCACGUAUUAUUUCCAAGAGCUGUCGCUGACGGCGACAGCGCUGAUUGAAGCGUUACCCGCGGCGUUUACUGGAAGCUAUGUGAUUAUAUUUAUGGGCAUGUACAGUUUCAUGGCAGACAGAACCACGGUCGAGAGCAGAACGUUUAGGUUGGGGCUUGUCACGAUAUGCGUCACGUUGGGGACACCGACCGGCACUGCCCUCAGCGGCAUAUUAUUACGUGCUCUGGGUUACUAUGGAGUGUUCUCAUUGUUACUCGUCCUGUAUUUUUUAUCGUUCUUGUACGGAUUAAUACGUCUCGAAGAUGUAUUACCAAUCGAAGAAAGCGCUAGUAGCAUUACUAGGUACACGAUGCAGAACAAGAGAUUGAAAAUGUUGCGUGAGGUCUGUCAAUUAGUUGCAAACACAGUGAUGGUCGCAUUGAAGCCUCGCGCGUUUCAAGGCAGAACACAAAUAUUUUGCAUUUUAGCACUAUAUUUGCUGAUGGUUGGACCUCUGUACGGGGAUUCCCAAGUGUCUUAUUUGUACACAAUAAGGAAAUUUGGCUUUACGGAGGUGGAAUACAGUAUUUAUGGGACAAUUAAUAUCGUCGUCGGUCUUUUGGGAACCAUAUUUUGUAUAUUAGUGCUCAGCAAACGAAUGAAUGUCCAAGACAGCAUUAUAGGCGCUUUAGCGGGAGUGAGCAGGAUAGCAGGAUGCCUCAUGUUCGCCCUUGCUCCGACCAGACAAUGGUUCUAUUCCGCUCCUCUAUUCAACAUCUUCAGUUUUACUGGUCUGACAGCAAUCAGGUCAAUAGCUACUAAGAGCGUUCCUACAGAAGAAGUUGCCAAGCUGAGUGCACUUAUAGGCGUCACGGAAUCAUUGGCUCCAUCAAUAUACAUGCCGGCUUCUAGCUAUAUCUACAUGUCUACUAUAGAAACAUUUCCGGGUGCAUUUUACUUGUUUGAUGCAGCCUUAACUGUUGUAGCUCUAUGUCUAUUCGGCAUGAUCUACAUUUUAGCGCGAAAGAAAAACAUUGCUUUAUCAGCGAAUGUAACAAACAAAGAAGAACUAGCAAGAGAGAAUGAAAUUUCAAGAUUUUAAUAAACUAAAACUAUUUUUAUUAAAUAGGGUUAAAAAAGACUGGUAGUUAUUUUAAAUAGUUAGUAAGAAAGCAAUAUAGAUUAAAGAUAA